CCACUGCCAUCGUCUCUUUUGACGCCGACCAGCAGCAAGCUUCUACUUCUCACAUUCUUCUCCGUGACGCACGAAACUUCUCCACCAUGAGCUACAGGAAAACCAGCUCCCAGCGGAUAUCUGCAUCCCACAUCUCACCCCGCUACAGUGCUGCCAGCACUUAUGGCGGCGCCGGUGGCUUUGGCACCCGCAUCUCCUCUGCCUCUUCGUACUCCCUGCGUUCUGGACCGAGCAAAAUGGGUAGCGGGAUGGGCGGCGGUUCAGGAGUGAGUUUCGGUGGAUCCGUGGCGGCGGGUGGCGGCAUGGGUGCCGGAAUUACUGGCAACGAGAAGGGAGCCAUGCAGAACCUCAACGAUCGCUUGGCAAACUACCUUGAGACGGUGAGGAACCUGGAGCAGGCCAACCAGGAGCUGGAGAUGAAGAUCAGGGAGGCGUUGAAGACCGGAGGGCCUGACAUGAGAGACGACAGCAAGUACGAACCCAUCAUCGAAGACCUCCGCAAACAGAUCUUUGACAAGAUAUCAGAUAACGCUCGUCUGGUGCUCCAGAUCGACAACUCCCGUUUGGCUGCUGACGACUUCAAAGUCAAGUUUGACACGGAGCUGGCAAUUCGCCAAUCUGUGGAGGCCGACAUUGCCGGUCUGAAGAAAGUCAUCGACGAGACCAACAUGAGCAGGAUGAACAUUGAGAGCGAGAUUGAAGCCGUGAGGGAGGAACUCGAAUUCCUCAAGAGGAAUCACGAGAAUGAGGUGAGGGAGCUGAGGAAUCAGAUCUCCCAGUCAGGUGUGCAAGUGGACGUCGACGCCCCCAAAGGCCAAGACCUGUCCCAGAUCAUGGAGGAUAUGAGGGGCAACUACGAGAAGAUCGCGGUUAAAAAUGCCGAGGAUCUCAAACGCUGGCAUGAAAAUCAGACAGCAGAAGUUCAGGCGCAAGUAUCACAGAACACAGAGGCGCUCCAGGGUGCCCAAAUGGAACGAAGCGACUUAGGCAGACAGAUACAAACUCUGGAAAUCGAGCUCGCAUCUCAACAGAGCUUAAAAGCGUCGCUAGAAGACACACUACGCAACACGGAGCUACGUAACAACAUGGAAAUGGAGAAGUACAACACCAUCACCCUGCAUCUGGAAGAGGAGCUCGGAAACCUGCGCGCCAAUAUCCAACAGCAGACGCAAGAGUACGAGGCUUUGCUCAACCUCAAGGUGAAACUGGAAGCUGAGAUCGAGACCUACAAGAGCCUGCUGGAUGGCGGCGAUUUCAAGCUCCAAGAUGCCCUCCAGUGAAGCUGUCGUCCACAGUUCCUGUGAAAGAUGAUCCAGGGCUGUCCAAAUUAAAAAGUUGUUCAAUCAAGGAAUAGAAUUCCCCAACAUAAUUGCAUCACAAGGGAUGAAAGUGAACAUGCCCGCUCAAUAACGAGUGACCUGGCGGCAAUAAAACUGUCAGUGCUGA